AUGCAUGGUAACAAUGGUCUAAGUUCUUGUCUCUUCCUUCUCUAUUAUGGAUUUCUGACCACAUUCUCCAUAGGGCCCUCUUAUCUCUUCCUUCUCCGAGCUCAGGUUAUGGAAGAAGGAGAAGAAGGAACCGAGAAGAAGGUAUCAGCAAUAACUGGUUUUAUUACGGGACAGCUCAUGAUGUUCAUAUCGAUCUAUUAUGCGCCUCUGCAUCUAGCAUUGGGUAGACCUCAUACAAUAACUGUCCUAGCUCUACCGUAUCUUUUGUUUCAUUUCUUCUGGAACAAUCACAAACACUUUUUUGAUUAUGGAUCUACUACCAGAAAUUCAAUGCGUAAUCUCAGCAUUCAAUGUGUAUUCCUGAAUAAUCUCAUUUUUCAAUUAUUAAACCAUUUCAUUUUACCAAGUUCAAUGUUAGCCAGAUUAGUCAACAUUUAUAUGUUUCGAUGCAACAACAAGAUGUUAUUUGUAACAAGUAGUUUUGUUGGUUGGUUAAUUGGUCACAUUUUAUUCAUGAAAUGGGUUGGAUUGGUAUUAGUCUGGAUACGGCAAAAUCCUUCUAUUAGAUCUAAUGUACUUAUUCGAUCUAAUAAGUACCUUGUGUCAGAAUUGAGAAAUUCUAUGGCUCGAAUCUUUAGUAUUCUCUUAUUUAUUACCUGUGUCUACUAUUUAGGCAGAAUACCGUCACCCAUUCUUACUAAGAAAAUGAAAGAAACCUCAGAAACGGAAGAAAGAGGGGAAAGUGAGGAAGAAACAGAUGUAGAAAUAGAAAGAACUUCCGAAACGAAGGGAACUAAACAGGAACAAGAGAGAUCCACCGAAGAAGAUCCUUCUCCUUCCCUUUUUUCGGAAGAAAAGGAGGAUCCGGACAAAAUCGAUGAAACGGAAGAGAUCCGAGUAAAUGGAAAGGAAAAAACAAAGGAUGAAUUCCACUUUAAAGAGACAUGCUACAAAAAUAGCCCAGUUUAUGAAACUUCUUAUCUGGAUGGGAAUCAAGAAAAUUCGAAGUUAGAAAUACUUAAAGAAGAUGAAGAUAAUAAAAACAAAAAAUGGUUUGAAAAACCCCUUGUGACUCUUUGGGGAUUUGGA